CCAUGGAACAGAUAUGGUUGUUACUGCUGUUGGCUUUUUUUACAUAUUCAGUUUCUGCACAGUUUAAUGGAUACAACUGUGAUGCCAAUCAGCACAGCAGAUUUCCUGCGGAAAGAGACAUCACCGUCUACUGUGGAGUACAGACAAUAACAAUGAAGAUAAACUUUUGCACGGUUCUGUUCUCUGGAUAUUCAGAAACAGAUCUGUCACUGAAUGGAAAACAUGGAGAUGCGCACUGCAGAGGCUUCAUAAACAACAAUACAUUUCCCGCAGUAGUUAUAUUUACCAUCAACCUUAGCACGUUGGAAUCAUGUGGAAACAGUUUAGUGGUAUCUACUGUUCCUGGAGUUAAUGCCUAUGGGAUUGCAUCAGUGGUACAAAUUGGAAACAUAUCUGGUUAUAUAGAUACACCUGACCCUCCAACAAUUAUAAGCUAUCUUCCUGGACUUCUGUAUAAAUUUAGUUGCAGUUAUCCUCUAGAAUACUUAGUAAACAACACUCAGCUUGCUUCAUCUUCAGCUGCUAUUUCUGUACGAGAUGGCAAUGGUACAUUUAUCAGCACACUGAAUUUGCUCCUCUACAAUGAUUCAACCUACAGUCAGCAACUGCUAAUUCCAAGUGCUGGACUGCCACUGAAGACAAAAAUCUAUGCAGCAGUGAGAGCAACCAACCUUGACGGACGGUGGAAUGUUUUAAUGGACUACUGUUAUACCACUCCUUCUGGCAAUCCAAAUGAUGAUAUCAGAUAUGAUCUCUUCCUCAGCUGUGACAAAGACCCACAGACAACAAUAUUUGAGAAUGGCAAGAGUCAAAUGGGAAGAUUUUCCUUUGAAGUGUUUCGAUUCGUCAAGCACAAGAACCAGAAAAUGUCUACAGUGUUUUUGCACUGCAUAACAAAGCUUUGCCGAUCAGAUGACUGUCAUUACCUAACACCAACAUGUCACAACAGAGAAAGAAGAGAUGCUGUAAUAAGAACAACAUUAACUCCUUACAGUUUGUCUGGCAAUGCUGUUGUGUCUGCAGGACCUAUUAUUACAAGAAGUGAUGAAACACCAACAAACAAUUCACAGCUUGCUCAGCCAGGAAAUCAGCAGUUCCAGAUCAACUCUGUCACCAGCGCCCUCAUCUCAGGAGUAGUAAUCCUUGGUGCAACUAGUUUUUCUUUCUUCAUAAUUGCCCUUACUCUCCUGAACAGAAAGAAGCAAAACAGUUUGGUUUUAUGUGGCAUCCGCAACCCAGUUUUCAACUAAUUGGUUUGAUUUGCACUUUUUUGGGUCAAUUUUUUAAAAAAGGUUUUGUAAAUGUACUAACAUGGACAAUUUAAUACUGGGCUGCCGUGGCAAGCAAUCUUUUUGGGUUCCCUCUUUUUGCAUGAGCACUGAAUUGGUUCGAUGAAUAUCCUGCAAAUAUGAAAACUGAAAUAUGAAAAUAAAAUGCUACACUGAAUGUUAUGUGUUAAAUACUGUGUUUCUAACAAGUAUGCAAAUUUAAAGAGUACUUUUGCAUUGCUAAGAAUAGUUAAAUUAAGAUUAAAAUGUUUUUUAUUAUGUUCCAACUUGCUAAAGAUUGCAUUUGUCUAGUCUGUGUAAAAUGAUAUUGAUCGAUAAUCCGAAAUGUUUACUUGAUAUCACAUUCUAAUUUGUUGUUGCUUCAGGCCCUUUCAUUGUAAGUGCUAAGUAAUGCCAUUAUUUCAGAAACACGGUUGUUGUAGUAUUAAAUAUCUAUUUCAAAUUGCACCUUUGAGCGUGUAACAUUUAAUUAGCUGGAGGAGGCCAAAGCAGGCAUUAUAGUAUAUUUUACAAGAGUUAUGUCCCUUUUCUAGCUGUUGAGUCAAACUUGGGGUUGUCUCUCUACAGGUAUAAAAGAAUAUUGUGUUGCAGAUGGCACAGAAUUACACCGUCCCUUAUUCUCAGCAUAAACUGUUAAAAAAAUGUAUGCUGUGGCACAGGCUGUUGGCCUCUGCUUUAUACAUUUAUCAUUAUUAGAAUGGAAAAAUAAAAAGGUAUCAUUUGUAUUGCAAGUUUCAGGUAUGACUUUUCAGUUUUAUGACUUGGAAAAGACAACAUAAAUAGAUAUAUUAUCUGUUAUUCUACAGUACCAUAACAUUUACACAGCUAUUUACACAUUAUAUUUCCUAUCACAUUCACACACAGUAGGGUACAUUUUUAUCAGGAGCCAAUUAAAUGCUUGCAUGUGUGUGCAUAAGCUCUGUUCAUUCAAAUUCAGAAUAAAAUGUAAUUGUGGAUGACAGGGAGUACAGCAACAUGUAUAUUGUCAUUAACCUUGAAAUCAAGCACUUAUGCUUAGUUUUUUGUUUGUUCUUUAAUAAGACUAGAAGUAGCACGUUUUAAGUGUGUUUGAAAUACAAAUAGAAGAAACUGUUGAAUUGAUCCAUUUAAUUUGGAACCUGUGAGAC